AUGCUUUAUUGCUCUGUCUGGCAUGGAGAAGUUGGAACCAGGAGUUACUUGGAACGUCUUGAAGCCGCAAAACGGAUCCGACAUGGUUCCUGGGAGAGGGACGACGGCUUCUCCAAUGAGCCACAUUGGUUUGCCACGGGGAAGGAGUUGGUCGAAUACUUCAAUAGCCACCCAACGAUCCUGAAUAUACGGAUCGAGUCCCAAGCAAGCGUGGAAUUUCCGGAAAUAACGUUGUGUCCCUCUGAUGCGUUGAAUUACACUGCCCUGAAACUCCACAAUCUCACCAAGGAAACAAUGCCUUUCGCCUUCCAGUUCCCGAAAAAGCUUAAUAUGAGCUUAUGGGAAGGGCUGGACUUGUUCACUUUCAAGGACUUCCAUAAAAUCCUUCGUUUGAAUUUUCAUGACUAUAACAACAGUGGCUAUUACGAGAUUCGCAUAGACUCGCAAGAAGAACCGUUCACAGAAAUGAAAAACGUCACAUCAUCAGGACAGACAUUUUUCCUCACGGAGGGAAGCAGUUACAUGAUGAGCCUAUCCGUGAAAGACUACAAUUUCCUGCCCUCAGGAAGUCAGUGCAAUGGAGACGAGAACUACGACUACCAGAAGUGUUUGAUAACUGCACUAACGGAGAAGGUGUUCAAGAACCUUACGUGUUCCAUGCCGCCAAUUGUACCAAACAUUCCUGACCAGACAGACACGAAUGAGUGGUGCGCCCUAUUUGAAGUAUUUAUUUUCUUCUACCAUUAUGGUGUUGCACUGCAGUCUUACGAUCCUGGAUGUUUGAGGAAAUGCAAGAGGACGACGUAUAACGUGAUCCCUUUCCAAGAGGUAGCCUUUCCUGCUGAAGAUAAUCUAGGAGGGAUCAAGUUGAACUUCCAAGCAGCCGAACUUGAAAUAGUGGAAGAGCGGGAAUUGACAUCGCUACCUCAGUUCCUCUCCGACAUUGGAGGGAUGAUCGGGCUUUAUUUGGGAUUCUCUCUUCUCAGCCUCUACGAAGGAUUGGAAAUGCUUCUCUUGUGGGUCAAGUCACGAUUCUUCAAUGCUCCAAUUCGACCGACGGGUAGGCAAAUCUGCUGGGUUAUUUAA